UUCGUUGUUGUUACUGCCUUGCGAAUUUGAACGAUAUCUCCUGCGUGUAAUACAUGCUGUUGCAAGUUGGUCGAGUUGUUGAUUUACGAUUGUCGAGUGAUUGUUGAGUGAUUAUAUAGUUUUAUAAAAAUGACUUCGUGCACCGACCCGUUAGGGUUGAACGAUUUGAAACUGUUCAAGGACUUGAAGGCUGAUUUGCCAAAAUUCAGCAAGGAGACGAAAAAUAUCCUGGAAAUUCGCGAUGACGUGCUCUUUGUUUGGAAUGCCGACAAGUGCUGCAUACUCACUCUCAACGUGACAGCCGUUCGUAGCAAAAAAGAAGAUGUACCUUAUCAGAAACUGCAGCCAACGGACCCGCCGAUCUUCGAGGUGUCGCAGCUGCUGAUCAACGAGACCGCCACGCAGUUGGUGCUCUGGGGCGAGCUCGGCAUCGUCGUCGUCGAACUGCCCAAGCGCUGGGGCAAGGACGCCUCCUUCCAAGGCGGCAAAUCGGUCGUCUCUUGCCUGAGUUACAAUCUCGACGGAUGCACGUCACAGCUGUCAACGUCGGAGGUGCGCAAAGUACGAUGGCAUCCAGGCUCGACCAGCGACUCUCAUCUCGUCGUAUUGACGUCGGACAACAUAUUCCUGCUAUACGAAUGCGAACUCGGCGGCACGGGUCCGAAGCUGGUGCGCACCUGGAAGGUCGGCCCGAGUAUGCACUCGCCCGCCUCGAAAGUGCCGAGCUUCGCCGCUCUCGGCGACACAGCCGUGGACUUUGACUUUGCCACGCCGUCGCUGCGCCAGGACGGGGGCAGCAACGCGUCGGUCGUCAACAUCGACAAGGCCAACUGGAAGCAGAUCGAGUGGCCGAUCCUCGUGCUGCGCGGCAGCGGCGACGUGCUGAUCGUGCGUGGAAACGUCCUGCUCAAUCAAAACAAGCCAGUGGUCUUCGGCAGCCUGUCGAUGUAUCCACCGGCGGUCGACAAUUACGGCAUCGACUCGUGCUCGAUCAUGUGUCUGCAAACCACCCCGCCGAUCGUCGCCAUAGCCUCGUGCAGCGGCAAAAUCUACCACGCCAUCAUGCUGGACGAGCGCAUCAACGAGGAGGACGACGCCGCGAUCGUGGUGACGGGUCGCGACGGCGGCGGCGACGACGGCGUCGACCACGAGACGACGGGCAACAAAUUGCGCACCUGGUCGCAGUACGGCUCGACCUACAGCCUGCACACGCCCGACGAGGCCCUCUACGUGUACGAGUGCAUCGAGAUGGAGCUCGGGCUCUGCUACUCGGCCGACGACGCCAGCCUCUACAGCUGCCAGAUCAAUCUGCACGCCGACCGGGAGCGUCGCAAUCGCUACUUCUGCUCGCACAACGCGGGCAUGCACCUCGUCGAGGUGCCCAUGGUCGACCAGCUGGACGAGUACGUGGCGGCGGCCAACGACCUCAACGCCGAGCUCCACCUGCCGAAUCUGCAGCGCGCCUCGAGCUCCCAGUACCUGCUCAGCACCCGCACCAAGUACACGAGCAGCGACGAGGCCACGCCCGUCCUCGGCUUCGGCCUGCUGCAGGAGCCCUGCAUGCUGCUCGCCCUGCUGCACACGGGCGUGGUCGUCGACAUCUCCGUCGUCGACUCGUUCUACAUACCCAGGGUGGAGAGCAGCGCGCCCACCGUCAGCCCGAGCAAGCGAGUCACCAAGGAGCCCUUCGACGUCUACGUCAAGAGGAUCCUCAAGCACGAGACUUCGCAGCCCAUCACCAUGAUCGGUAUCAGGCAGAAUCUCACCAUUCCCGAGUGCUUUGACUUGCUUUAUCGAGCGACGACGGUAUUCCGUAAGCAGCACUUCGCACAUCACGACAGAGUUCGCGAGGAGUUUAACAAAAAAUUGAGGACAUUGAAGGCCUUGAAAAAUCAUCAGAUCGUCGAGCUCGAGAGCUUGGCCGAGAUGAAGAAGUAUUUGCAAGAGAAAGCCGAGAACCUAGCCGAGCGUUACGAGGACGUCAAGGAUAAGCAGGAGGAGCUGGCUCGCAGAGCCGAACAAGUCCUGAGACUCGUCCAUCUGAAGGAGCCGACGAUGAGCCCGGUCGAGCGAGCCGAGUGCGAGGAAAUCAAAAAGAUGUCCAAAGACGUCAAGGACUUGGGAGUGCGCCUCGAGCAGUUGAAAAAGAAGAAGGCCGUGAACCAGAAUCUCAUCAGUGAUACGGGAAAACGCAUGUGCAAGACGGAAAUCGUUUUGAAACCGACCCAAGUCGAGACUGUCAAAUCCAAUCUCACUCAAAUGGGAAAGGAUAUAGCUGAAUUGAUAGCCCGAGCUAAAACGCUGCAGGAACAAUUGAAUGUAUAAAAUAGUUUACUAAAGUAACGAUUUAAAAAAAAAAACUUUAAAUUUAUCUGUGUUUAUAAA